AUGCAGGAACAGGAAGAUGGAAACAACUUCAUCCCCUUUGCCAAGUGUUCCAGCGUGGUCACCCGGUCCCCACCCCCCAGCUUGCCUUCACAGAACCUCAGAAUAACACCUCAGAGUUACGGAGACAUCUUCUGGAAGAACCUUAGUCAAAGACCCAGCUCCAUCUGGAUGGAGGAACAGAACAUUCCACCUAUACUGAAAGCCACAAGUUGCUUCCAGGCUGGCCUGUACAUGCCUGAGGGGCUCACACCCCCCGAGAUGCUUUGCAGAAGAAGGAAGCCACGUUUGAUGGGAGUACAACAGGGACCUGGUGGCAUCCCAGCCCGGGUCAGAGCUGUCACCUUUCACCUGGAGGAUCUGAGGAGGCGCCAGGGACUCAUUGAUGAACUGAAGAAGGCCCAAUGGGGUGGCUCUGGAGCAACCUCUGAGCCCCUGGGGCCUGGUGAAGGCAGCCCAGGAUUCCUAGGCACCACUGACUACUCUAGUCUGGACAAGGAGAGAGCUCCUUUUCUGCAGGAAGAAGACGGCUUCCUCACUCCUGGUAGGGCUCAGCUGCUCUGGUCCCCCUGGAGUCCCCUGGGCCAGGAAGAGUCUUGCUUUGCCAGGGGACAGAGCUUCCUGGCCUCCUACAGCACUGUCCCAGCCUGUAGGACCCCGCUUCACGGGCUGGGCAGGGAGGAAUUUGAACUCUCUGGUUCCCGGCCCAGCCCCUCAGCUCCUAGCACCUGCUCCCCACCCCCGGGCGCCCGCCAGCCCAGCUUUGCCUCCGUAACCCCGGACUCCUGCCUCUCCGCAGUGGGGCUCCCUUAG